ACAGCGAGCUAGGCUAGUUAGGAAGAGAGCGCAGGGAUACAGCGAAAGAACGAGGCAAAAACAAACACGAGAAAAAAAAAGGAAGCGAAAGAAAGAGGGGAAGGGAUAUCAGUGUGUGUGUGUGUGUGUGUGUGUGUAUAUAUAUAAAUAUAUAAAUAUAUACAGGAGGGGGAAGAAGAAAAGAGGUGGUUUCCGCCAUGAUUGUGUGUUUGUAGGACUGGCGAUGAAACCGAGUAGCCAUGGCCAUGUCUCUGAGUGCAGACGAUGAGGAUUACGACUCGGACACAGCCGAACAGCAAAGGCCCGCCAACCGGCCCAAACCCAAGAUGGCGUCCACGCCCACGGCGUCCACGCCCACCACCUCUACGUCCUCCUCCUCGGCGGGGGGCGUGGUGAAGCUGCCAUCCAACCGGAGCUCGUCGGGGGCACGGCGCAGACGCACACGCUGCAGGAAGUGUGAGGCGUGUGUAAGGAGUGAGUGUGGAGAGUGUCACUUCUGUAAGGACAUGAAGAAGUUCGGGGGACCGGGACGCAUGAAGCAGUCCUGUAUCAUGAGGCAGUGUAUCGCUCCUGUUCUGCCUCACACAGCGGUGUGUGUGGUGUGUGGAGAAGCCGGUAAAGAGGACACACUUGACGAUGAGGAGGAGAAGUUUAACGCCAUGCUAAUGGAGUGCUCCAUCUGCAACGAGAUCGUCCACCCGAACUGCCUGAAGGUGAAGGACGCUGCGGGCGUGGUCAACGAUGAGCUCCCUAACUGCUGGGAGUGUCCCAAAUGUAACUACGCAGGGAAGACUGGGAAAGCCUGCAAGCAAAAACGAGGCCCAGGAUUUAAGUACGCGUCCAACCUGCCGGGCUCGCUGCUGCGGGAGCAGAAGUCCACGCGGGACGGCAAGGACGAGGGCGAGCGCAGGAGGGCCGAGAGGGACGACGCCACCAGGAUGCCCUGUGACGACACGCCCACGCUGCUGAUGCCCAGAGACGUGCCCCGCCCCCGACCCGACAUGCCCAACUUCCUCAGGAAGAAGAAGAAGCUGUUUGAUGAUGACGAUGAGGAAGAGGACACCGGUGCGAAGAAGAAGCUGAAGAAGCCGUGGAAGCCGGAGGAUUCGUUACUGCCGAAGAUGUCCUCGAUGAAGAUGGAGGAAGAGGAGCAGUCAGAGGCGGAGGACGAGAGGGACGAUGAGAACAAACAGCCGCCACGCGGCCCAACCAGGAAGGAGUUCGGGACUGUGAGGAAGCAGGAGGACGAGGAGGACGAGGACGACACGCACAAGUUUGUGAAGGAGGAGGAGGAGGAGGAGGAUGAAGGCAGCGAGCUGCAGGAGCGCGUGCAGAGAGCGCAGCGCGCCAAACGAGCCCAGCGCAGGAGGACCGGACGCAACGAGCACCCGCUCGCUAACGAGAACCUGCAGCCCGACGACAGCGAGAACGACGAGGUCGACAAGAAGAACUUCAGGAACGGAGAGAACGGAGAGAGGGCGCACCUGCGGGCGCGGGAGAUGAACGGUGCAUCAUGGGAGUUGCGUCACUUUUACCCGUCUCAGAUCGUACCCCUGGGUCUGAACCGUAUCCCCCCGCCCAUACGCCCGCCGCCCCCCCGCUCGCCACCCAAAUGUGUCCAGAUGGAGCGUCACGUGAUCCGGCCUCCGCCCAUCUGCCCUCCUCCCGACAGGCUGCCUCUGGCCGAUGGGCGGAGCCACGUGCUGCAGCGUGAAACCUGGUUGGCCAUUUUCAGUCACCUGAGUCACCGUGAGCUGUGUGUGUGUAUGAGGGUGUGUCGCACCUGGAACCGCUGGUGCUGUGAUAAGCGGUUAUGGAUAAAGAUCAACGUGAGCCGCUGUAAGUCCAUCACCCCUCUGAUGCUGAGCGGAAUCAUCCGGAGACAGCCCCUCACACUGGACCUCAGCUGGACCAACAUCUCCAAGAAGCAACUGAGCUGGCUCAUCAACAGGCUGCCUGGUCUGCGUGUGUUGAUCCUCUCCGGGUGUUCCUGGGCGGCCGUCUCCGCUCUCUGUACCUCCAGCUGUCCUCUCCUGCGCUCGUUGGACCUGCAGUGGGUGGAGGGACUGAGAGACACACAGAUUAAAGACCUGCUGUCUCCACCUACAGACAACAGGCCAGGUCAGAUGGACACUCGGAGUAAACUGCGGAACGUUCUGGAUCUACGUCUCUCAGGGUUGGACAUCACUGAUGUGUCUCUCCGUCUCAUCAUCAAAAGCAUGCCGCUGUUAAAACAUCUGGAUCUCAGUUACUGUAACCACGUCAACGACCAGAGCGUUAACCUGCUGACCGCCGCUGGGACGACCACCCGCGACUCUCUCACAGACAUCAACCUGUCAGUGUGUAACAGGAUAACGGAUCAGUCCCUGAGUUACUUUAAGCGCUGUGCGAGUAUCUGUCGUAUCGACCUGCGCUUCUGUAAGCAGGUGAGCAGGCAGGCGUGCGAGCGCUUCAUCGCCGAGAUGUCCGUCAGCGUCUCCUUCUGCCUGAAGGAGGAGAAACUGCUGCAGAAGCUCAGCUAACACACACACACACACACUCUCUCUCACACACACACAUGGUGAACAUUCAACACAGGACAUUAAAGCAUGUGUUAUACAAUAAAAUAUGUAUUUAAAUAAACAGACAGAAAUGGAUGUGUCUCUCACACACAUACACACACACGGUCAUCGUGUUUCUAUUGGAGCGCGAUGUCGCUGCUCAUCGUGUGUGUGUGUUCAGUUUCAGUUAAAUAUGGUUUGGUGGGUUUUUAUCUCUGUAUAAUGGAAUUUUUUUAUACGUUUGUUGUUUAUGUUCAACGUUUUGCUUCUGUAUCGCCAUGGUUACAGCAUUUCAUCAUGAAAACGCAGCACGCUUCAGUUGUCUCCGUCAGCAGGGCGGGGGCGGGGCUCGAAUCAAAUGAGCCGUUAACGAUGGACUGAUCGUGUUGGAACGAAGCUCCGCCCCUUUUCUCCACGACUCGUCCGGGUCGGGUCGGCGCUGGAGAAGCUGCUGCAGUGGUUUAUUAUUGAAUCAGUGCCAUGCUUUCAGGCUCCAUACCUCACGAGGCGUGUGUGUGUGUUAGAAAUGAAAUCGAGUGGAAGCUUAAAGAAAGAAAAAAAAUCAUUUAUACAUUUGUAUGAAUUAAUGUGAGUUUCAGGUUUUUUUUAUUUUAAUUAGUGUGUACAGUAUGUUUCUGUUCCCCGAGACACACACUCCGGACUCCACACAGACCCGACUGCAUCUGGGAGGGGGGUGGCUGUGUGUUUAUUAUGGCAGUGUUCCCCCUCCAUCACAGCGUUCCCCCUCCAUCACUCUGCUCAGUAAUGAUGAGAAACGUUACCGUGUUGUUCCGCUUCAACACUUCAGUGUAAAUUUGGCUAUUUAUAUUUGUACGCUGUAAUAAAAGAAGAGAAAUGCUCA